AUGUCUAACUUCUCCGCCCAACCUAUCGUCAUUGACGGAAAAGGACACCUUUUGGGUCGUCUCGCUUCGAUCAUCUCCAAGCAGAUCCUCAGCGGCCAAAAGGUCACCGUCGUCCGAUGUGAGGAAAUCAACGCUUCAGGUUCUUUCUUCCGAAACAAGUUGAAGUACCACAACUACCUCCACAAACGACACAUUGUCAACCCUAAGAAAUCGGGUCCUUUCCACUUCCGAGCUCCUUCCCGAAUCCUUUACAAGGCUGUCCGAGGAAUGGUCCCCCACAAGACCUCCCGAGGUGCCGCCGCUUUGAAGAGACUCGAAUUGUACGAAGGUGUACCCCCAGCUCAAGAUAAAGUUAAGAAGAUGGUCGUACCCUCCGCUUUGAGAGUGCUCCGAUUGAAACCCGGUAGAAAGUUCUGUACCCUCAAGAGAAUCUCAGCUGAAGUUGGAUGGAACUACAAGGAUGUCGUUGAUAGACUCGAAGAGAAGAGAAAGGUCAAGGGACAAGCUUACUUCGAGAGAAAGCAAGCCGCUCUCAAACUCCGAGCCAAGGCCGACGCCUCAGUCGCCAAAGAUGAAAAACUCACUCAAUUCGGUUACUAA